CUGAGAAAAUUAAGAAUGUAGUAAUACUAACUGUAGACAACAAGGAUCCAAUCUCUGAAAGUAGUGCCGGCACAGCAACAUCCGCAGAUACAAAUAAUCCCAUCUAUCUUGGAGGUAAACCAGACAAUAUCACUAAAGGUGUGAGAGCAAAGGGAGAGUAUAAAGGAUGUAUCAGGAAUUUAGCAAUCAAUGGAGAGCGUCAGUACCUUAUUGACGGAGUUGCCUUCGGUAAUGCCAGCACUGAAUCCUGCCCUGCAAAUUAAACGAGAAAAACUUGAACACAAAAAACUCUAUCUAAUGGACAAUGAAUAAUGUUAGAAAUGGCUUUUUUUCUGUCUCUGUUAAAGAAUUAUUGGUUUUAUACUCUAUACCUUUUAAUUUUGCUUUUUAAAUAUUGACCUAUAGUUGUGAAUUAUAAACCAGUACACUGAAAUGUUUUACGUGUAGUGUACAGUAGGAAAAACAUAUACUUGCCAUGAUUAUAAAACAAGUUUUCUUUGUCAGAAUCUACCUCUAAAUUUUGUUUCUAGUCAUAUUUUGUUACUUUAGUGAUGUAUAGUGUGGUACUUCAUCAAAAUAUAAUACUAAUUUGUCAUUGAAAUUUGCUUUCAAGAAAAAAAUAUUGUCAUUUCAUAACAACUAUUUGCACAAAUUUUAUUUCUCUGUACACAAAGAUUUUGUAUUUUACAGUGUUAAGUGAAAUGUUACUAAUAAUAGGGUAAAGUUUUCAUCAUUAUGUGAAGUACUAUGCUAUAUACUAGAUAUAAUUUAGGCCAGUAUCCAUAAUUAUAGUCAAUCAUUUGUAAACAUGAUCUUCUGAAAUCCAUUACUGUAUAGCAUAAUAAUUCCUGCAUAAUACUUAAGACAUGUGUAUUUGUUUCAAUAUUAUAUGAAUAUUAUUACUCUAUUUUUAACUUAACAAUUAAUACGAAAGAAACUAAAUGAUGGCAAAUGAUGAUAUCAAGGGAAUAGAUGAUAUUUUCUAAAGAAUAUAUUUAAAUCACAAUAUAUUUGAAAGCUGAAUAUAUCUAAAAAUGUUCUGUACAAAUUAGAAAUAAAUUGUAAUCAAGUGGAGAAUACAUUUAAACUAAUAUUUAUACUGUUACAAAAUUUUAUAAAAUGAACAAUUUGAUUAUAUGAUUUACUUGUUCCAUGGUAUUUUUUCUAUUCAAUACAUUAUUCUUACACUAUUGUAAUCUGGUUUCUUUUUAAUUUUUGAUAAGAAUUUUAAGAGAUUAACAUAUAGUUGAUAUUAAGGCCAGAAACUAAUAUGUUGAUUUUUUACUUAAAUUUUUAAUGGGAGGGGUAUGUGACAUAUUUUUAAUGGGUGGGGUGUAGUCUUAUAUUUUUACAGGGUGGGGUAUAUUUUUAUUGAAAUUUUAGUUUGUGGUGGGUAAAUGGCCUUUGGUUUACCUUUUUGCAUCUUAUGAAACAUCUUUUUAACUGAAACUUUUGAACCUCAGAUUACCAUGUCAACAGUGAACAUUUAUUUCCGUUUUUCUGGAAAAUUUGGUCUGUUACCAUGGUAAUCUAUACCUGCAGAUUUUUUCUUUGUUUUCUUGUUUAUUUACAUUCUUUACAGUGACAAAACUUUUAAUCAGAUGUAGAAGCACACAUUUUGAAUUUUUAUGGUUUGCCUAUCUCAUCAAUGAUUUUUUUUAUUAUUUUAAAAUUUUCAAUUUUUUUUCAAUGUCUUUGAAAGAAAUUUUUUUUUAAAUUUUAUUUGCAAAAAUUUGGAGUUUCAAGAAAAUAAAAUGGUAAAGUCAAUUUUUUUAAGUAAAUUACAAGUAGUCAAUCAAAAUAUAUCAUACAAUGGAGAAUGUAAUGUAAUGACAAGACAAAAUAAAUUUCUUAAGUAAAA